AUGCUGCUGAGUGCCAAGUUCUCCCUUUUGGCCCUCCUGGCUGCCUCGGCUGUUUCUGCUUCGCUGGUGCGAGUUGUUCCUGGUGACGAGGGCUUUGUGCCCCUCAUGCACCGCGGCAUGGUCCGCCGUGCUGACCAGACCGAGGCGCAGUUCGCCAAGGUUUCGGACGCGAACCAGGAGUGUGCCCACCCCGGCGCGCAGGGCCUUAACGCCAUGGUGAAGCAGCACACCUUCCCCAAGCUGAGCCAGGUGGCCAGUAUCCAGGACAACGACUCGGAGGCCCAAAAGGUCUGGCAAGAUAUCCAGUCCUCGAACAUUAUCCCCUCGAGUGUGCAGGUGAAGAAGGACAGCACCAAUGGCCAGCACUACGGAGUGGACGACUCGAGUUACGACCCAAAGAGCGACCCAGACUGCUGGUGGACUGCGACCGGCUGCAAGCAGCCCAAGCACGACAACAUCCCGAAGGAUAUCUACACCUGCCCUGAGCCCAGCACUUGGGGUCUGACGUUUGACGAUGGCCCGAACUGCUCGCACAACGCUUUCUACGACUACCUGCAGCAGAACAAGCUCAAGGCAUCGAUGUUCUACAUCGGUACCAAUGUGGUCCAGUGGCCUCUCCAGGCCCAACGCGGUCUUGUGGACGGCCACGACCUCUGUGUGCAUACCUGGUCGCACCGUUACAUGACCACGCUGUCGAACGAGCAGGUGUUUGCCGAGCUGUACUACACUGCCAAGUCGAUCAAGGUGACGACGGGCGUGACACCGACGUGCUGGCGCCCUCCGUUCGGCGACACGGACGACCGCGUGCGUGCGAUUGCUGCGGGUCUGGGUCUGCGUACAAUCCUCUGGCAGCAAGACACCGACGACUGGAACAUCAUGCCGGACGGAAACCAGGCCACGGAUGCGAUCGACAACAACUACCAAAAGAUCUUCUCCAAAAACGGCACCCAGUCCCCGAUCGUGCUCACCCAUGAAAUUGACCAGUAUACCAUGGGCGAAUUCCAGAAGAUGUACGGCAAGCUGAAAAACGCGUACCAGAACGUCGUGCCCGUUUCGGCCUGCCAGAACAUCACUCAACCUUACCCCGAGAACGGUAUCACCUACCCGAACUUUGAGCAGUUCACGAGCGGUACACGUGCUUCGGGCCUGCCGGACGGCAACACGAUCAAGGCGGACACGGGCGCUACCUACAAUGUCGUUCCUCUGUCGAAAAUGCAGAACGGUUUCGCUCACGAGAACCAGGCUGCUGCUUCGAGCUCGUCGUCGAGCAGCAGCAGCGGCGGCAAGCACGCGUCGUCAUCGUCGUCGGGCAGCAAGGCGUCGUCGUCGAACGCUGCCUCGGACUCGAACAACAAGGCCUCGUCGGGCGCCGCCGGUCUCUUUGCUCCUUCUACGUGCAUGACCUUUGUCUUGGCCACGGGUGCUUUCUUUGUUGCCGCUCUGCUCUAA